GCUCAAGUCCAACAACAGAUUCAGUAUCUUUGUUUUUCGACCAUCUUAUACGACGCUCCAUCUGUACAUUCAUUAAUAUCACCAACGAGAUGGCGGCAAACGCCCGAUAUGAGCCGGCUCCUCAGCGAGACUCGUUUGAGGAUCACCAAUACUCCCAGGCCCCGCCGUCUUAUCAGGCUACCGCGGAGCCUGCACCUCGCAGCGAAGAUGACAACGUCCCGGAUGACUUCAAGUUCGGCGGCACCGUCGCGGAGGGCACCCUGCCCGUCCGUAUGCAGUUCAUCCGCAAGGUCUAUGCGAUUCUAACCGUCCAACUGCUCGCAACUGCUAUUAUGAGCUCCAUAUCUUUCUUCAGCGAUAGCUACCGCGCCUGGAUCCAGUCCAACGUCUGGGUCAUGUUUGUGUCCCUCUUUGGCGCUCUCGGCCUUAUGCUCGUAACGUUCUGGAAGCGCAAGAGUUAUCCCACGAAUCUCCUUUUCCUCUCUGGAUUUACCCUUCUCGAGGCGUACGCCAUCAGUGUGGUGACAUCAUUCUACGAAUCCCGAAUUGUGCUCCAGGCCCUCAUCUUGACCCUGGGCUUGUUCGUGGGCCUCACACUUUUCGCAUGCCAAACCAAGUACGAUUUCACCAACUGGAUGCCCUACCUCUUUGGUGCCCUCUGGUUCCUGAUCCUGUUUGGAUUCGUGGCCAUGUUCGUUCCCCACAGCAGCACCAUGGAGCUUGUCUACGGCGGCUUGGGUGCCCUGAUCUUUUCAGGCUAUAUUCUGGUCGACACCCAGCUUAUUAUGCGCCACUACCAUGUUGAGGAGGAGAUUGCCGCCUCUAUCUCCCUUUAUCUUGAUGUUCUCAACUUGUUCUUGUCUAUCCUCCGGAUCCUCAACAGCCAAAACAACAACUAGAUAGGCUCGGAAGUGCCCAUAUGACUUAUCAAAGAACGAGCGCUAAACCGGAACUUGGCCGUGGUGCGAGACCUAUUCACCGAGCUUCUGUAAUAUUGAAGACCAUACUAUAUACCUAAGCCCGUACUCUGCUUUCAUUUCCUUUUUUAAGUCAAUUCAGCUCUCAAUUUCCGACUCCCAUUAUUUUGCUUGGAAACUAUAGCCGAACGUUUUAAUUCCAUAUCUCCAUUCUUAUCGUUGUCGUGGCUCAUCGCUAUUGUGAAUGUCUUGAGAAUGAUAUAUCUUACAUAGAAACAAAUAAGCACACCUUACUUUUGGAAACCAGCUGCAUAUAUUAAUGAGGACCUCGGGACAUAAACCGACCGAGUAGAC